AUGGACCCAUUCACAGACCAUUCGUCAUUGCUUAUGCAGGCUCCUGCUACUCCGCCUCCGAGCGGGCCAAGACGUAAAACGAAGCAAGCUCAAUUAGCACCCUCUUCCAAACAGCCUGUUCCAGGCUCGAGAAAGAUGUCAAUGCCACCUUCUUCCGCGUCAAAGACGCAGAGUCACCGGAAGAAAAACGGCAAUGAGGCUCCUCAGCUUGACUUUACCACCGGUCCUAGUCUGCAAUUCUCGCCUGAGACCUUCCCAUUCCCAAUGUCCGGCCCUGCUACUGCUCCAAUUUUCCCGGAUACGAAAUCGUUUUGGGACCAGAAUGCCGUGAAUCUUGGUCUUUCUAUUCCCGAAACUGAUCCCUUCUUCGAUCCGCAAAAGGAGCCUCAGAAUUAUCCGUGGAUGGGAUCGGCUGUUCAGACAGAAUCCCUGCAUUCAGGUGUAGCACCUAUGCUUCAGUUAGGACUGACAUCACAGCAUCAAUACUUGCCACAGGCAACGAGUCUAGGUGGAGGUUCUUCGAAUACUCGCCUUGACCCAUCUCCGCUUCCAGCUUCUUUUGAUCUUUCUUGCUCUCAGGCGCCGUCAUUGGACUUCGCCACCGCAGACUCUGCUUUCAAUCCAAACAUGCUUUUGAGCUUUUCUCAAUCGCCAAAUCACUCCCUGCGUCCUGCCUCCGCUAUGAAUCGGCCCCGUUCACGCGUCGAAAGCCGGCGACCUUAUCAUCACCAGACACUUGAAUCACAGCGCCAAAAGGACCUUGACAGGAAUAGAGAAUUGCGGAUCGUCAGCGGUGACGCAGCUCAAGGACCAAGCUUGACGCAACAUGGAGCUUUUUCCAAGGUUCUUGAUAAACCAGGACUCAAAAGAAGUAUGACAGACGGUCAGCUCAGAGCCAAGCUUGAACAGAGCCGAAGUCGUUGCCCGGUCCCUGGUCCACCUCAGAGCACCUUUGUCCCGGGCGGCAAUGGAUGGGGCCCGCGACGGCCGUCUCCGCUCAAAUCUCAAACUCCCUCUAUUUCUCAAUCAGUAGCCCGCUCGGACGACAAUGCAAAGGGCGCGGUAAGUUUGGCUGUUGACCAAAAUGGAAGGGCCAAGGUUGUCGUCGCCGAUUCUCCGUCUCCUGCCAAAAUGCGGAAGCGGUCAAAUGCUGCUUCUGCCUACUCGCUGUAUGAUGACGACAGUGAUUCCGCUACGGAUGUUGACGAACCCUACGUUCUAAGUCGAGCGUCGUCGUUUUCUUAUUCACAGCCUGCUCGAAGGGCUUCCAACCUUGGGCCCGCUCUUGCCGAAUUCUAUCCCAAAUCUAGAUCACCUGUACCCGAUGUUAGCCGCAUCCAGCUGGGCCCCGGUCUUUCUGCUCAUCGUAAACUGCGUACGGCAAGCUUCCGCACAGGAAGUCCAACGAAACGUGGUCGAGCUGGUUUGGAUACGCCGGAUCCAUUGCGGAUGCGGAAGUUGUCCCUGUCCGAUGAUGCAGCAAGUGAAGCCGAAACAAUAACCGAGUUUGACGAGCACAAAUCAAGCGGAGAUGCGCAGCAUGCUUUGAAGAAGGUCUUGGAGGAAAGGUCAAAGAGAAAAGUCUCGAUGGCCAGGAAAACGCCUCUUCGCUCUUAUUCGCCUUCAAAACAUCGGCUUCCUCCAAUGUCUUUACCGAAAGCCGCCAACUUCGUCCCUGCACCCUAUCCGGGAAUGGGCGCUUACCAGUUUCCUUCGCCGACUACGGAGUCAACUAUUACCGAGCCUCAGCUUCCGACUCCUACUCAUCCCCAUUCGGACAUCCAGGGGCUGUAUAUCAGAUGCAUUUGUGAUGGCGGAGAGGCUGACGGUGCACCUAUGAUUCAAUGUGAUGCUUGUGCCAAAUGGUUGCAUGUGCAAUGCGUUGGUGUAGAUCAGCAGCGCCCGCCCAUUUACGUUUGUUCCUAUUGCGCUAUCCAGCCUCCGAUAGUGGAUGGAUUCCACGACCACGAUUUCUUCGCGCAGAAUGCGCCAUUCACUUCACCACUCGCUCAAAAGUCCCUCCGGUCUCGAAAUUGA